AUGUCGUCGGUCAGUGCCCGCGCUCCCGUGGCCGCUCUCCGGCCGGCGGCGUCAGCGUCGAGCCCCCGGUUCCUGGGCGACUCCGGCCGCGUCGGCCUCGCCAAGUCCACACGCCGCGACGUCGCCGUCCAGGCCAAGGGGUCGUGGCUCCCCGGCCUCCCCUCCCCUGCCUACCUCGACGGCAGUUUGGCGGGUGACAAUGGAUUCGACCCGCUGGCGCUGGCGGAGGACCCGGAGGACCUGCGGUGGUUCGUGCAGGCGGAGCUGGUGAACGGGCGGUGGGCGAUGCUGGGGGUGGCGGGGAUGCUGAUCCCGGAGGUGCUGACCAAGGCGGGGCUGCUGAACGCGCCCGAGUGGUACGACGCCGGCAAGGAGACCUACUUCGCCUCCUCCUCCACGCUCUUCGUCAUCGAGUUCAUCCUCUUCCACUACGUGGAGAUCCGGCGGUGGCAGGACAUCAAGAACCCGGGCUCCGUCAACCAGGACCCCAUCUUCAAGAGCUACAGCCUCCCGCCCCACGAGUGCGGCUACCCCGGCAGCGUCUUCAACCCCCUCAACUUCGCCCCCACCCUCGAGAACAAGGAGAAGGAGCUCGCCAACGGGAGACUGGCGAUGCUGGCGUUCCUGGGGUUCCUGGUGCAGCACAACGUGACCGGGAAGGGGCCGUUCGAGAACCUGCAGCAGCACCUGGCCGACCCAUGGCACAACACCAUCAUCCAGACCAUCUCCGGCCAAUAA